CCCCCAAACAACCUCGUCAUCAUUCAUGCAGCAUUACGACGCUUAGUCGAACUAGGACGAUAUAAAUUCGAUAAAUAAUAUGAAAUCAUCAGAAUACACAUCUUCAUGACCUGGACUGAUAAGCUCCUCGCCUUUGGGCGGGAUGAGCGUGUCCUGCUUGUGUGCAUCGGCCUUGCCACCUUCGGCGUGGUGAGCACCAUGAUGACGGCACUCACACUCAUUCGGGACGACAACGAAAUUCCGCAGUCGGAGCCCAAGACGGAAUACAUUACACAAGAAACGGAAGAUUCACUGCAGCUUGAUACGUUGGAUAAGCUUGUCGACCAUCCCAACUACUCGAUACGGCGCGUGGCAUUGCGUAUUGUAUGCGACCGAGCUGCCAACGACACAGAAACAAUCGACUAUCUGCUGCGAGGUAUUACUUGCCCGGAAUACGCGUUUCGCUUAAAAUGUUUACGAGCGUUAUCGUUACUCACACAGCAAACAGCAGGCUACGACGGAAUCGAAAAGCUUCACAAACCUAACGCCUACGCUGCUAUCGUCAGAUCUCUAGAGCUUAGUCUUGGAGACGCUGAUCGACGACCUCUUAGAGACGGAUUCUGGGACGAAUAUUAUUUACGAGACAGUGCCGAGAAGUUGUGCCUCAAGUUCCUUCAAGAGCUUGUAUUCAAACAUAAUGCUCACCUCCUGAUCCAGGCCAAAUUCAUUGAAAAGUGGCUCUCUAAACAAGAUUGGGGUGAUACACCGGAGGAUAUUUUUGAAAACUUCAAAAGCUACUCGGAAACAAAAGACAACAAGAUCUCGUACCUUAUACGCCGAAUACAAAACAGCCGGCGUGGGCUAAAGGCACUGGAAAGAUGCGGGCUGGUGAACAAAGCCAAUACAGCAACGACUCAUGACAUACCCGACCUAAUGGUUGAUGACUUCAUAGGGGAUGUACCCCUGGAGCGGCAGCCGAGGCGAGACAGAGAACAUUCAGCAGAGGAGCGACGGCUGCGUCGCCAGCAUCGUGAGGCGAUGGUCUUGAACGAUGGAACCCGUCCACUGGCACGGGAAGAUAUAAUUGAAAGGGGUCAUAACUCCCCGGCCUAAUGUUUACAAGGAAAUACCUUGGGAGGUGAUAGAUAACACCGUUUUGUAUCAUAUGACGAUUGAAGUUUCAAGGAUGAUACAUCCGCCACUAUGGCAUGGGGGAUGUGGCGAGAACAAGGAACGGCAUUGUAUAUUAGCCAUAAGCGAGCGUCAGUAACAUUAAUACACCAAGCAUGAUAAUG